AUGGCGACCGCGGUGGAGCGUAGGCGACCACCCAUGUCGUCACGUACCCCUUCGGUGCGGUCAGAGUCGCUCACGCCUCACGCGACACCUCCCCCGACCUCGUCGGCCCAAAGCAGCUCCAAGUUUUCCAAGCUCAAGUCCAUGCUCAACAGCAACCCAGGCUUUGCCGUGUUCGACGCCCACGUCACCAUCCAUGAGCUUAGCAACGUUCCGCAGCUGGAAGGUCAAUUCAGUGUCCGCUGGAAGUUUCGGGGAUCCCGACCUCGAGACGCCGACCGAUACCUCACCCAGCCUGUCCCCCGCCGCGGUGUCGUCGAGAGGCCUGCUCCCAAUACCAACAUGCGGACGUUGCGACCGUCCGGGUCUGUCAUGAGCCUCCGGACUACGUCGACCGCGUCAACCUCCACUACAGGCACGUCAACAACGUCUGCGCUCGUCGCACCACAGAGCCUCGGCAGCAAGCCCCGCCAUGCGGCAUCGCUACCAGUUCCCAGUCCGCCCACACACCCCACUUCCCACCCGGUUUCCCACUCGUCGUCGAUGCCUAGUCCGUUGGGACGCAAUGCGACCCUCAUGGCUGACCCGACGACGUCCAGACCGCCACGCCUGCGAGGCAAGAAGGGAUCAGACCCUACUCCGUUGCGCCAGCAGACGGACGACAAUGGACGCGACAUUGUGGAAGAGCCAGAGGAUCUGGGCGAUGCCGAGUCGAGGAGCGAUGACGCUCCCACUUCGUCGGUCCCCACAUUGACGACCGAGUCCGCCGGCAGCUCGCGGGCCCAGUCGGUGCACUCGUUGACGCCUUCCCUCUACUCGGUCACACCCUCCAUCAACACCACCGCGUCUGGCCCGUCUGUCAAGCCAUUUCCUUCCGGGCUCGGCCUCACGGGUGCUGGAGGGGCCAGCACGCCUUCCCUCGCCUCGAGGUCGUCGACGAUCCCCGUUACCGAUGACCUGCGGCGACGCGUGCCGUCACGCGCAAGCACGCGGUCCGACCUGUCGCUCACCAUCGACCCAACCCUCGUUGCCUCUCAUAAUCGCAUACCAGCCGCUGCCCCUAUCGAUUCGAGUGAACGCAAAGGGCAGACGCCCAUGUGCACAAUUCGCUCCCAUACCAUCACGUGGGAGUACAGACUUGAAAAUGUGUUGCGCGUGCCUUUGGGCAAGCCGGUGGCGGUCCCCAGCAGUGGAGGCAGCCACUCGCGCCACCCUUCGCCUACGCCCGAUAAGAAGUCGCUACCGGUUCUUGGUGGCGGUCCCCAGAGUGAUUCCGGCAUAAAGCUCGAGAUCCUGCAAGCACCGCGUGAGGGCGAAAAGGACACUGAACCCAAACUCUUUGGCUAUGUCAACAUUGACCUUGCGCCCUUUGCCGACAGUCCGCCUAUGGCACGCAAGUUCUUGCUCAAGGACAGCAAGGCUAAUGCCACUCUUCGAAAGGUCUCGGUCGACAUGAGGUUUAUUGGGGGCGAACAGGACUGGGUGGCGCCGCCAAUGCAGGAGGGCCACCUCGUGGCCGUCGCAGACCUCACUGGCGAAGAAUAUCAGGAACUCCAGCUGCUUCCCACACCCUCCAUCUCGUCCAACUCGGACCUGUCCUCACACUCGGCCAACCCGCCCAGCCACCGCUCUGCUCACACUGGCGUCGGCCGGACCAAGCAGCCCCACGCGUACAAAGCCGCGUCACAUGCGAGCAGGCAUCGUUACAGGUCGUUUGAGCACCACUUGCAGCCUGAGCAAGAGAUCAAGCCCCCACGAGCUGCGCAUUCACGUUCGUCAGACUCCAACCGCUCAUACCCGCGCCCGCAACGCACAUACACAUCGGACUUUGCUUCCUUGUCACCUACAUCUCCCACCAUGAGCCGCGUUGCACCCCAGGAGGUACCAUACACAACGUCACCGUCGUCGACCCCGACUUUCCCAGAAACGCAGCUGCCCAUGCUUGACACCAAGUUCAAGGUUGACAAGGAUGCCGACGGCACCCUCGGAUACUUUGAGCGCGUGCCUUCUGGUUAUGGCGCGUUUGGUGCGACCCUGUCGCCCGUUACCACGCGUUUCGACACGAGCCGGAUGGACGCUACUGCACCACUGUCGCCUACGUCUCCGAUACUGGGAGGCCUCACGUCCCCGGAGUGGUCCCCACCAAACAACCACAACCACCACUCCCACUACCUCCUUGACGACACUGACGGUGACCUCCAGCCCGACCUUGUCAUCGAGUCCGUCUUCAACCCUGCUGUUGGCGACGAGUUUUCGCCAUUCACUUAUAUCCCAGGUGAUGACGAUGGCUACGAUGACGGUGGCAGGGAUGAGGACGACACUGGUACGCUGGACCUCGAUGUGGACAACCAGGCCAUGGCCAUGGAACAUCUCGAUGUGGGACAUCAUGCGUGGUCGCGCCUGCGCCGCAGAGUGAAGAGCAACCCUUGCAACAAAUGA